GUAACACGGCUAUAUAGUCUAUGCUCUUCCUGUUCGACGGUCCGACGGGCGUGCGACGACAAGAGAAUCGCGUUCUCAACUUCUCGCAAAUCGUGGAUAUCGCAGUCGUGCGAUCUCAUUCUACGAACGGGAUUUAUUCCCACUGAACGAAAAUUAAACUCGUAACACACCAUUUUCAACACAAUCGUGUAUUACCGCAUAAAAACGAAAACGACUUUCACCGGAUACAUCGAUAAUUUGAUUAACGAAAGCAAGGGGGGCUCGCAAAUUAUCCCACAUAUCAUUGAAUUUAUAUGACAAUGUAUCCGUGCGUUUGUUCAGUUACCGAUAUAUCUGUGUGAUGUACUGUGUUGUUCGUUUAAGUGACAAAGCAAAAGCGUUGGCUCCCAUUCGAGACUAUUAUCCUAUUCGUGAUUACGUUGGGCCGGGAACUGGCCACUUGGUUUAGUCGCCGCGGGGACUCCAAAGCGGUAAAUACGGAGGCGCAGAUCCUGCUUCGCAUCAUUUAUCGUCAGGAUUGCGAUUUAAAAAUGGUGCAGCAAGAUUUGACUUAGGCAAGUCAGACUAAUUGUUUAAGUGGUAGUCGGGAAUGGCUCGGGGCGGCUCACGGGUGUGAGCUCCGAGAGAGCUAGGGACACGGGCCAGUCAAGUGUAGUGUUGUGCUGUGUCUAGUCAUAGUGUGUGUGUGAGUGACGGUGGAGCCGGGAUGCCCUCCGUGAUGUUGUCGGCAGUGCUUGAAGAGGAGCCCGAUUUGUACGAGGCGUUCCCACCUCAUGUAGACCCCACCGGCAUUACUAUCCUGACUGAUAGUCCUCCAGGCAAGAAAGCGCCCCUCAAAACAUUCGAGGAGAUCCAGCCCCUCAUCCAACAGGGCCGCAAGCGCGAGCUCAAGCUACUCAUCAGAGAGAACUCCUGGCCGAUCAACAGCCCCGUCCGCGCCUCCCUGUGGCCCGCGCUCUGCAGACAACAUCAACAUGGAAAGUCUAUGCUCGACGGAUUCUACUGGGACAUGGUUACACAGGUGUUCGGCACAGUUGAGUUGCCGGACAAGCCGAUCAUGUUGCCGCCUUUCGUGGAGGCGACCCACUGUUUGGGCUACCAUCUGACUCGCAAGGGUCGGGCGGUCGCAGACAGGGUGGUCUCAGUCCUCGGCUAUGCUUGCCCGGACAUCACGUACAGCCCCAGUCUGUACCCCAUCACAGCUGCAUUACUGCACUUCAUGCCUGAAGAGGAAUGCUACCACUGCAUGGCGAGCCUGGUGGCGUCCAAGGAGAAGAUGUUCAUCACGCAAACGAAACUACUCAACGAAGUCACAUGGAAGACGGUCAUGCAGAUCGCUAAGAAACAUGCCAAGUCGGCGGCGCAGCACCUGUCGCGGCUGUCGGGAGCGAUCGGGCCCGAGCGGAUCUACGCCGACUGGCAGUGGUGGAUCCUCGCCGCGUUGCCCUUCCCGCACCUCGUGCGAGUGCUCGACUGCUUCUUCCAUGAGGGCAUUAAGGUAUUCUACAGGGUGGCGCUAUCGAUCCUCAUCCUGUUCAACAAGCACGCAUCGAACCAGAGCUCGGAGUGGUACGCCGAAGCCACGAAGAACGGCGUCGACCACGCCAUUGACAAGUUUUGUAGGAACAUGCCCGCCUCGCCCACCAAGCUGCUCAGGACUGCUUUCAGUAUAAGGGCAUUAAGUUCACAGUACAUAUCGCGGGUGUUCAUCAAGACGGAGAUGACGCUCAAGUCCAAGCAAGUGAUCACCGGGUCCCGGCUCGUCCGCUCCCGGUCUUCAGACAACCUCCCCACCAGCCAGUCACAAGUCAACAUCCAGAUGAUGUCACACACUCUCACUAUCCGCGAGGGCUCACAUUCGCCGGGCCCGCGCGCCCUAUCGAUGGGCGUAUUCCCAAUCCAAGCCAUAAGGUCGCAGAUUCUAGACCAGAGCGAAGUACGAACAGAAUUGCGAGAAAAAGCUAUAGAAACUCUAUUCACGCUAUGGUCGUGGUUGCCCGUGCGGAUCACGAUGUACCAACCAGUGCUGCUAUACACUACGGAAGAGCAUGGUUGCUCGUUAACCACAUUCUACGUGCGGGUUGAGCACCAUGAACCAACGUUGCUCAUGAUCAAGACAUGUAAUAACGAGGUAUUCGGAGCAUAUUGUUCAACGAGAUGGUUCGAGCGCAACCAGAAAGACGAGCGCGGCAACCGACAGGCUUACUUCGGCACCGGAGAGACAUUCCUCUUUAGUUUGCAUCCGUUACGAGCGAAGUACCCCUGGGUGGGGUGUUUGGAGGAAAAAGUGGAGGGGCCCACAGAGAGGACUCCUCAUGCCAACUCGCUGUUCAUGGCGGCUGAUAAUACUAUGAUUACGAUCGGUGGAGGUGACGGACAAGCGAUAUGGAUGGACGAGAACAUUCGGUUCGGCAAGACGGAUCGCUGUUCCACAUUCAACAACCCGCCUCUCUGUCCCAGUGGCGACUUCGAAAUCCGCGUCCUCGAAGUCUACGGCUUCUCCGGCGCGUAGAUCGAAGUCGGAGUCACUUCGAAGUCGGAAGUCCCUCGUCUCAUAUCCCCGAGUGAUAAAUGUUGUGAUCGUCGCUUCAUGUACGCGAAUCGGCGAAUAAAUACAUUGACAAUGUAUUGACCCUUUGCCGUUUAACAGACUGUGUAGUUGUAUUCCUAAUAUUUAUUCUACAAUAUCUCUGUGUGGCCCCGUAGCUAUCCUAUACGAUUCAAGCUGUCCGUUCAAGACAACGAAGACGGGGAAAUGUAGGUUGUUUAAAAAAAAUAUUUACUCGUGUUUAGAUUGUGUAAGUACAAAUAAAAUUUUGAAUGUAUCGUACCUACUCUUGAUGGAUUAAAAUAAUACGCUUAUUAUGAAAGCAAUAUGUAUUUGUGGGGUUCGGCCGUGCGGUGGACUAUGUUCGGGGUUUCGGACAUUCCACAUUCCACAACAGCGUUAUCUCAUUGUGAGGAACUUUUAGUUUGUACGACACAGAUUCGGUCCAAACAACAGUAUUUUGGUAUCGUAUAGUAUCUAAUUGCUUAAGAAUCUAUACUCACAGUGAUUUUGUCGUUGCUCACAAAAAUGUACCAAAGAGUUUAUAUGUAGAGCGUAUGCGAUGCCAAGUCAUAGAAACAUGGCGAUAUGUUUUGCACUUCAGUUGAAUUACAAGAGAAAUAAUCACAACCGCUCUCCUUGGUUCUAUGAGAAAACAUCGCGAACAAAUAUAUUGCAUCGGAAACUAGAGAACGAUAGCCAUUCAAUUGUCGCUCUUAUCACGAAGAGAAAAGGUUCAACUCCCACUGCCAUCGUUCGCAGUCAAAAUAGUAUUAUUUAUUAUGUAUUUUCAAAGGUUAUGUGCCAAAAUCGGACCAUUAAACGAAUUGGCUUGAUUCUAAACUUCAGAUAUUAAUCUGGAUGUAUUUGUUUUCUACAUAAAAUUUAUGUAAAAGUAUUUUUACACUUAUUGAUUGUAUUUUUUAUCGACGAAACGUAAGUGAAUUAGUUUUUAUCGAAGAUGAAUUGUGUCGAAAAAUAUUUUAGUUGUUUUUUUUAGUAUGGCAUUUGAGUUCGUUUGUCGUUAUAUAGUUUGAUGUGGUAUGAAGCAACAUUGUUUAAGAUAGAAUUGAGAAGACGCGGUGCGUAUAAAUCUUUAUCAAUGAACUCUGAGUAAUGACAAACGAACGUCAGAUGUUAGCGCAAUGCAGGUAACGUGUAGGUGCAGACGACAGCACAUCAACCUGCCUCAAUCUGUCAAAUUUCUUCAAAAGUUACUCAACCUUAUUACAAUAGCGGAAGGUUUAUGUUCGAUUGGUAAAAUUUGACAGAUGUCAGAUUCGUGUGGUUGACGUGCUGACAUUUGCACAGUGACGUCAUCGUGUACACAAACACAUCCCUCAGGGUACAACGGGGAACAACCUGCGUUCGUAUCACCCGCGGCAUAUUCCGCUACGAUUUAUUUGUAAAUAUUAUUUCUAUACAGUCUCCUAACUACCUGACCAUGAAACUCAAACCCUUUACAAUUUAAUCACCACUAGAAACGAGGCCCAAACGGAUUGUUAUCUAUGUAAAAAUGUUCACAUGUACCUGAGUAAUGUUUUUAUAUAUAUUAUGUGAAGUUGUGAAUGUCGUUAAGUAUUGUAGCCCAUACACAAAUAUUAUAUCGUUCGGUUAAUAUAGACAUUCUAACUUUUUGAAUAUUUAUAAGGUAUUUGAUUUAGAGGAGGUUAGUUUAAGAUAGCGAAGGAUCAUUCAAUGUUUUGUGGUCUGUUCGAUUUGAAAUGCGCGAAGUUGCCUCUUGAGCAUAAUACGGCUCUAUAGUCUUUAAGAAGAAAGAAAUAAACAUUACAACAUUAAAUUACGGUUGGAUUGAAUUGUAAAGGUAUCCUACCAUGGUCGCUACUUAGCGGACUGUUCGUAGCGUCACUAGGUUUUGUCAUGGUACUACAUGCUAUAAUUAUGUUAUUCAGAAGCCUAAGACUCGUUUUAAAUUCAAAUUAUUUAUGUAACUUAUUGAGUAGGUAACAUGUAACGUUUUAUAUGUAUGUUAUGAUGCGUGUGUGUGCGGCCGACAGAUUACGGUCACAUGUUUUUUUUUGUUUUAAGUUUAUGAAACGAUUACUUUUAGCGGCCGGAGCAGUCGGGGUCGCUACUAAUCUUUGACGAAGCAUGAGAACUUGUGAACAAGAUAUAAUACGUUUUGGUCACGGGUGGUAGCUGUUUUUGACAGAAGCCUCAUACAAUAUACGUCAAAACGUUACCGUCCGAAAGCAAAACGAAUCGUUUGUUGUUUAGGAUCCAGGAUUAGUGGUUGGCCCCGAGUGUCCGGGCUAUGUCACGAUAUGUUAUGUAGCGGGUGGCGCCCGCACACACACGCUCUCGCGAUAUGUUGCUGUUAGCCAAUUUGUCGUUGAUCAGUGUAAAGUCUAGUCUUUAUCCUGUUUUUAUUAUCUCUAACGAUAUAAUACUAUGUAAACUAUAUACAAAUUGAUAUUUAAAAAGUUCGUGCGUUUUUGCCCUGUCAGGGCGCGUAGGCUCGUGGUUAGUUAGUGUAUAAGUACAUUUAAUAUAUGUAAAUUUAUUAAUCUCCUUUUUCCUUUUCAGUAUUGUGUCGUUUUUUUAUGUGAGGAGCAUAUCAUUGUGUGAGGUAUGUGAGGCGUGGAUGUAGAGAGCUUUGUUCUGUUACUGUGUACUUGUGUACUGUUACAUUCGAAUAGUUUUAGUCCGCCGCGCACGCGACGGUGUAAAACUCGUUUAUGGUAAUGUAAAUGUUGCUUCAUAAUGUGUAAAAAAAUAUAUAAUCCUAUAUACA